AUGGAAGAUCACUCUAUAAUAUCUCAAGAAGACAUGGAGGAUCACUUUGCAUUAUUAUCUCAAGACUAUAUGGAGGAAGAUCACGUGGUAACAUCAGAAGAAGAAGACCAGAUGGACCCAGAAGACGAGGUGAUCAUCUCAUACUAUCUGAACAUGAUGAUCAACAACCGCAAAUCCUGGCCUAAGCACUUCCUCCAAGACGAAAAAGCAAACGUGUACAACACGAAUCCAUCGAGUUCCUUCUUCUAUACUCCGAGCUCUGACUACUACUUCAUCUUCGUCAAAAACAGAAGAAAUUCUUGCGGUGGAAGUGAAUCUGGCUGCUGGAGGACCAUGGCCCGUGAUAAACUGAUCAAGAACGAGGAGACCGGGAGGAUUCUAGGGUUCAAGAAGAUUCUCAUGUACUGUGAAAAAGGGGAAGAAACGAUCAGAGGAAGAGAUCAUGUGGGUCAUGGAGGAGUACAGGCUCGUCGAUAA